ACUCAAUGCUGGGAUGGAGGAAGCUAUCGACCUCCCCUCGCCUUAGCGAAGACCAUAGCUACCUACCUACCUACCUACCUAUAGAAAAUUAGGCCGCGCCGAACCGGAAGAGACCAAGUGAUACCUAAGUAGACUCGCCCUCGUCAAACUCGCUCUGAACCCCAACCCCCGACGGCGUUCCGGAAACUCGAAGCACCCGCCAAAAUGACCUCUCAGCUGCACAAGAGCAAGCUGUGCUUCAUCGGCGGCGGCAACAUGGCCGGCGCCAUCAUCGGCGGUCUUAUCGCCAAGGGCAUCGACAAGCAGAACGUCUCCGUCGCCGAGCCGUGGGAGGUCAACCGCGACAAGAUGGCUGCCCUCGGCGUGCGCACCACCGCCUCUAACGUCGACGCCUCGACCGACGCCGACCUGCUUGUCCUCGCCGUCAAGCCCCAGGUCGCCAAGGGCGUGGGCCAGGAGCUCGGUGCCGGCUGGGCCGCCCGCACGUCCCUGCCGUUGAUCGUCUCCAUCGCCGCCGGCAUCACCCUGCAGAGCCUGAAGGAGUGGUUCCGCCUGCCCGACGGACGCUCGCCUCACAUCAUCCGCGUCAUGCCCAACACCCCGGCCCUGCUGGGCGAGGGUGCGUCGGGCCUCUUCGCCGGCGACGACGUGUCCCCGGCCGAGAAGGAUCUGGCUGCGGCGCUCCUCGGCAGCGUCAGCAAGGUAACCGAGCUGCUGGACCGCGAAGAGUUGAUCGAUGUCGUCACGGGGCUGUCCGGGUCCGGACCUGCCUACUUCUUCCUCCUGGUGGAACACCUCAUCGAAAGCGGAAUAAGCCUGGGGCUCACGCGCGAGCAGGCCACGCGCCUAGCGAAGCAGACGUGCUACGGCGCCGGCAAGAUGCUCGUCGAGUCGUCCGAGGAGCCCGCGCAGCUGCGGAUCAACGUGACUAGUCCCAAGGGGACGACGGAGGCCGCGCUGAAGAGCUUCGAUACCUCUGGUUUGAAGGAGACCGUCGACAAGGCUGUGAAGGCGGCUACCAGCCGAGGAGAGGAGCUCGGGAAGACCCUCGCACAGUCUUAGCUGCGCCCUUCGAAUAUCUCGAAAAUGAGUGCACGGUAGCUAUAUUAAUUGCGGUUUCCGAUAAGAUAGCGUUGUUACAAGAAGAAAAAACAGGAUAGACUAUCUGCUCAUAUCUGCUUUCACGGUAAAGGAGAACAAAUAUGGUAUGCGAUGACUCUAUAUCAUCCUCGAGGAUGUAGCAAUAUUCG